CGCGGCCCCCCAGAAGCCGCGCACCAAAGAUCACUCUUACCCAGGGUCACUCUUGCGUGUCGCCGACCUCCCCCCUUUCGGGUGUCGGAGGUGGGUCGGCUGCGCCACCCGCGGGGUGAGGGACCGCCAGGCAAGGCGCGACGGGGCUCCUCGGAUGCACAGAAGAGAGCCUACGCCCUGCCAACGGGGCCUCUGAGGGCCGGGGGGCCUCUGAGGAGCUUCUGGCAGGCCUUCUGAGCCCAGGCCCCCGCCCUCAGAGAAAGCCUCCACCCCCCCGCCCGCCCUCUUAGAGGGCCGCGCUCCCUGCGCCACCCCCCUUCGUGCGCGCCGCCACCAAGACGGGGAAAGACACCCUCGAGUUCCUCGCGGGCAGGACGUCGGCGGUGAAGGGCUUCGGCAUGCUCUCCUUUGUGGAGUUCGGCCGCAGCGCCAGCGGAGAGUUCUUCUGGGGCCCCCCUCGCGAGGGGAGCUCCGGGGCGGAGGGGGCCGAGGAGCUGGAUCAUGUGAUCACGUCCGCCGACGUCGUCUUCUUUGACCUGCCCUCCUGUCCCUUCUGCAGGCGCGCGGAAGCUGCUCUGCGGUCCGAAGGCAUCGACUUCAGGAUGGUGCACAUCUCGGAGUACAGAGGUGAACUGAAGCAGCGAACUGGGAAGACCUCGGCCCCAUCGGUCUGGAUUAAGGGGACCUACGUCGGUGGCUGCAACGACGGCACGGAGCCGUGGCACGGAGUGCUACCAAUGCUUGCGAGCGGGAAGUUCCAGGACAUGUUGAAGCAUUAAUUCCCCAAGUGAGACAGUUUUAAAGGCACUGUUGUUACGAUGAAAGCGAACACCUCCUGGAAAGGAAGUUUGCUUGAUACAAAGACAGCGGGCCUGCACGGAUAUCUCACGCUCUGAUCAAGCUCUUCCUCACCGUACGAAGCGAGCACACUAUUCUGUCGGCUGCUCAGAGCGUUUCUCCGGGAGUUUUCUGAGGGCUAGCGCCGCAUAUUUUCCUUAACGUUCAGCUGCGCGCCGCUGAAUACAUUCUCGGCGAUAGAUCCUCGGCUCACUUCCGCAUCAAUCGUCCUUUUGAUGUGGACCAGCAACUGGUUGAAGUCUAUGUGGAUGGUCGCUUUCCUAUUUUUUCUCACUGACUUCUAGGCGACGCGGCGACGCUUGCUGACGAUGCAAAGAUCUUGUGCGCUUUGUUCCCCAGAA